AUGGGCAUCAUGAACAGGGGCGUGGUCUACGGCCUGUGGGACUACUCCAAUGAUAAUUCUGACGAGCUGGCGUUCCACGAGGGAGACUGCAUGACCAUCGUCCGCAGAGAGGACGAGGAUGAGAUCGAGUGGUGGUGGGCGCGCAUGGGCGAAACGGAGGGGUACAUCCCUCGGAACCUUCUGGGGGUGAGUCACACUGUGUCAGAACUGUGUUUCGUCAAGUUAAACAUUACUGAAUAACUUUCCAUUAAGAGGUUGAUUGGUUGAUAGUGUUCCGAUGUAUCUAAUAAGGUGUUUGUGUGUCUGCUUUCUCAACAGCUUUACCCAAGAAUCAAGCCCAGACAGAGAAGCCUGGCUUAGACCCCCUGUCAAUCCUGAACUGUGACACUGGCUGCAUCUCAUUGGUCCAAUACCUCUCCUCAUCUUCUCUCUUUCAUCUGCUCUGAUCUGUUAAGUAAUAUGGGAGAUGAUUGAGAUGGAGCAACAAUUGAGAUGCAGAUCCACACAGGCUUUAUUCAAUAGGACUGUACAAGGAGAGACCAACAAUCACGUGAAGAAACGUUGAGAGACCAAACCACAUGAAGGAUUUUAAACUGACCUAAGAACACUACUCUACAGAUGGGCCUAUGACCACUGACUCUAUGGCCCAUCUGAGGCACUUUUAUAUACCAGGAGAAGAGGCUUUCCACACUUCUUUUCCCAGACCACUGUGUGUGUAUAAAACACUAAAGGCUUUAUGUUUCUCUACAUGUUUGUCGUAUUGUUUUCCGAUCAAGUAUCUGCAGUUAUAGAUAUUGAUCAGAAUGUCUGGGGAUAAAUUGAAAAUGGAACGAACAGUAUUCUUAUGUAGAAAGGUGAUUUGUACACUUUUACAAAGUAUUUAAAACUGUUAUUCUUUCAUUUUAACCUUGUCAGAAAGAGCUGGAGCUGAACAAUGUAUUAGAAUGAGUGUAAUACAUGAUGAAUUCUGUAUGAACAGGUAUUCUGUUACCAUGACAAUUCCUGUGGGGGCUCGGUCUGCUUAUGUCAUUUCCUGUUUUUAGUGACUGUGUCCCCCUCAGUAUAACUACAAUAGAAUCCCAUGUUUCAGCAUUGACCCUACUGUACUGGCAAGGGUUAAUGUGUGUGAGUUCACCGCUACUACCACUGUUCAACUUAUCAAAUUGGGAAUGAAAUGAUGAAACAUAUAAUGUUAGGUUGGUGAAAUGUAGCCUAUACCACUGUUGAAUGGGGCGGCAGGUAGCGUAGUGGUUAAGAGCGUUGUGCCAGUAACCGAAAGGUCGCUGGUUCUAAUCCCCAAGUCGACUAGGUGAAAAAUCUGUCGAUGUGCCCUUGAGCAAGGCACUUAACCCUAAUUGCUCCUGUAAGUCGCUCUGGAUAAGAGCGUCUGCUAAAUGACUAAAAUGUAAAUGUAAAUGAAUGAGCUAUUGACUCUUGUUCUUCGAUGAUGCCACUAUAGCCUGUGGUACAGUACGUUUUCUAAGUGAGCAGAUAUUAGCAUCACUCAUUAUAUUUCUCUGCGCUGGCUUUAUGGUGGAGAUAUGACGAACAGAUAAGUACUACGGUUGUGCAUCUGUUUCGGAAAUGGUGUCCAUGCUUUCAUAUGGACCAUUUAGCCAUGUAGGAAGGAUGAGAGACUAAACUUCCAAGAGAUCCUAUUCACACAUUAUACUGUACCUGUGUAGCUUGGCUUGAAGAGUAAGAGAUGGCAGAGAUGCAUGCUUAUAAUGUCAGAUAAGGAUUUCUCUCCUUAAAAUCUCUCAAGCAAGUUUAAUGAAAACUCAGUCAGCUCAUUCAUAGUAAGGAAUUCUGCAUCAACUCGUCGCCACCCAUACAUUUUACAUUACAUUUUAGUCAUUUAGCAGACGCUCUUAUCCAGAGCGACUUACAGUUAGUGAGUGCAUUUUUUUAUUUUUUUCAUACUGGCCCCCCGUGGGAAUCGAACCCACAACCCUGGCGUUGCAAGCGCCAUGCUCUACCAACUGAGCUACACUGUCUAUUCAACAGAUGGAUUUAUUUUUGUUACAUUUUAUUAUCGUUCUUUUUUGUCUUGUCAAAACUAUAACCUCACAUGUAGAAUUGUAAACAUUUACAAUAAAAUACGGACUUUCCGGUUCCGAUGGCAUGCAUUGAAACGCGUGGCCUUUUCGUGGCUUUUCUUUUGUGCAAAUUACAGAAUACUUUCCGAAUGUACUGUCCUAAUGGCACUGACUGUCUUGUAGACCUGGGGCCGUAUGUAUCAAGAGCCUCAGAGUAGGAGUGCUGAUUUAGGAUCAGUUUAGCCUUUUUAGAUCCCAAUGAAUAAGAUUACAUGGCCGGGGGGGAUCUGAUCCUAGAUCAACACUGCUACUCUGAGACGCUCGAUACGGUCCCAGAUAGUUGUGUGCAAGCAGUAGAAUUGAUCCUAACCUCUUGUGAGAUGAAAUUGUGCUCUGCAUUCUGAAAAUACUGUAUUUACAGUGCCUUUGGAAAUAUUCAGACCCCUUGAAUGUUUUCACAUUUUGUUACAUUACAGCCUUAUACUAAAAUGGUUUAAUAAAACAAUUUCCUCAGCAAUCUACACACAAUACCCCAUAAUGACAAAGCGGAAACAGGUUUUUAGCAAUGUUUGCAAGUUUAUUAACUAAAAUACCUUAUUUACAUAAGUAUUCAGACCCUUUGCUCUGAGACUCGAAAUUGAGCUCAGGUACGUCCUGUGUCCAUUGAUCAUCCUUGAGAUGUUUCUACAACUUGAUUGGAGUCCACCUGUGGUAAAUUGGUAAUUGAUUGGACAUGACUUUGAAAGGCUCACAACAGUCUAUAUAAGGUCCUACAGUUGACAGUGCAUGUCAGAGUAAAAAGCAAGCCAUGAGGUCGAAGGAAUUGUCAGUAGAGCGUUGAGGAACAGAUCUGGGGAAGGGUACCAAAACAUUUCCGCAGCCUUGAAGGUCCCCAAGAACACAAUGGUCUCCAUCAUUCUUAAAUGGAAGAAGUUUGGAACCACCAAGACUCUUCCUAAAGCUGGCCGCCCAGCCAAACUGAGAAAUCGGGGGAGAAGGGCCUUGUUCAGGGAGGUGACCAAGAACCCAAUGGUCACUCUGACAGAGCUCUAGAGUUCCUCUGUGGAGAUGGGAGAACCUUCCAGAAGGACAACCAUCUCUGCAGCACUCCACCAAUCAGGCCUUAAUUGUAGAAUGGCCAGACUGAAGCCACUCCUCAGUAAAAGGCACAUGACAGCCCGCUUGGAGUUUGCCAACAGGCACCUAAAGACUCUCAGACCAUGAGAAAAAAUAUUAUCUGGUCUGAUGAAACCAAGAUUGAACUCUUUGGCCUGAAUGCCAAUCGUCACGGCUGGAGGAAACCUGCACUAUCCCUACGGUGAAGCAUGGUGGUGGCGGCAUCAUGCUGUGGGGAUGUUUUUCAGCGGCAGGGACUGGGAGACCAGUCUGGAUCGAGGCAAUGAUGAAUGGAGCAAAGUACAGAGAGACCCUUGAUGAAAACCUGCUCCAGAGCGUGUCGUGGAAAAUUAUCACUAUACUUAUUAAAAAUCAAAGUUCUUCCAGAAUUUUUGUAGAAUCAAGAUAGACCACUCGGUACCACACUCCACAUCACUUAGUCCUAUUGCCUCAUCCUCCGUACCAUUCUGUACCACACUCUGUCUUUAUAAUUAGCUAUAUUUGAGUCUUUAUAGUCUAGAAAGAUUUACCACGUCUUUAUAAUUGGCUAUAUUUUAAUCUUUAUAGUCUUGAAAGAUGUACUAUUUUUAACCUAUGGGGUCUGAUCUUGGGUACCACUCUACUGAAAGAAUACCCAACAAGCGCUCAGGACCUCAGACUGGGGCGAAGUUUCACCUUCCAAUAUGACAACGACCCUAAUCACACAGCCAAGACAACGCAGGAGUGGCUUCAGGACAAGUCUCUGAAUGUCAUUGAGUGGCCCAGCCAGAGCCCGGACUUGAACCCGAUCGAACAUCUCUGGAGAAACCUGAAAUUGCUGUGCUGCAACGCUCCCCAUCCAACCUGACAGAGGUUGAGAGGAUGUGCAGAGAAGAAUGGGAGAAACUCCCCAAAUACAGGUGUGCCAAGCUUGCAGCGUCAUACCCAAGAAGACUUGAGGCUGUAAUUGCUGCCAAAGGUGCUUCAACAAAGUACUGAGUAAAGGGUCUGAAUACUUAUGUAAAUGUGAUAUUUACAUUUUUUUUUCAUUUUUUUAAUUAGCAAAAAUGUGUACAAAAAAAUACAGUUUUUGCCUUGUCAUUAUGGGGUAUUGUGUGUAGAUUGAUGAGGGGGAAAAAUCAAUUCAAUCAAUUUUAGAAUAAGGCUGUAACCUAACAAUGUGGGAAAAGUAAAGGGUUCUGAAUACUUUCCAAAGGCACUGUAAGUAUUUUAAGCCCCUUUUAAUGAUGUUGUACAUGCAUUCGUUUCAGGUAAACUUCUUGUUAUAGUAGUUUAUUUGAGAUAUGAAGCAUGGAAAUACACAUGGUCAGUGGAAUACAUUAAACAUUGGAAUACACAGAGGAACACUGACUUACAGCAGACACAGUAUCUUACUUUGUUAGUUUUUCAGAAAAUCUAAAAUUACACUAAAUUCAUCUGCCUUUGUAAUAAUACAUCAUCACUGGCAUUAUUAAGCCAGCAGAGCCUGCACAAUGAAAAAGAACAAGACUGUGAUAGACUGGCAUUAGUCUUAUUCAGUCCUUCCAGAUCAGUAACCCCCAGAGGUAGGAGCUAGGAAGUCAAAUGGAACAAGGCCUAGGUUUGUCAUUUGGAGGGACUUUACUCAGUCUCUGUUGUGCUGUUGUCUCCUGCUGGAGAGAAAGUGAACAUUCAGUUAUCAGUGAACAUACCAGUCAUAUAGGUUACUAAUAGACAACAAUCAGUUUGUCAGAUGGUGCAGAUAAAAUGUCAAGUGCAGCAAAGGAAAGGAAAUAGCAAACAUUAUGGUUUGCACUGAUCACACAGACCUAUCUCUGGUGUGGGGCCACUGUGCUGUAGACCACAUCAUCUGGUUCUGCUGCCUGUUAGAGAGGAGGAACACACACACACACACAGAGUGAUCCAGUUAUAAUGGUGAUUUACAGAGCCUAUAUAAAUAUAAGGCUCUGCAAGUACAAACACAUACAGGUAUGAAUAAGUUAAGCAAAUCAUCAACACAAUAGAGCAGCUUUUUAUGUAGGCCUACAUUUGGUUGGGUCUUGUUCUUGGUGACAACGGUGCUGUAUGUCACUGCAUCAUACGGAAAUGGGUCCUGCUGGUAAACAGUUACACAGGAAGUUAUUCAGAUAACAUUUACAUCCAUUUUGUAUUCAUUUUACAUUCUACAAAACAUCAGGGCUGUCAAUUCAAGUUCUGCUUCUCAAGACAGAAAAAUACUCUACAAGACCAGCAGUGAGUAUGUGUUUAUUUAGUUUAAAGUUUACAUUUUGUGCUGUCCUGUGCUGCUUAGGAAUCACAUUGCUGUACAAGUCACCGUGGCUCUCAGGGAUUAGGCCCUGUGUGAUGGAGGAGAGAGAGCAACAUGAUCUCAUCAACUCAGACAGAGACAGACAGUGUAGACUUUCACUUUGAGUUGGGUUGGGUUUAGUUUGAGGGUUGUUGAGUUGGGUUUUGAGGGUUUAGGUUGGAUUGGAGAGGGGUUGAGUUUGAGGUUUUUUUUGUUGGAUUGCAGAGGGUAUAGGUUGGGUUGGAGGGGGUUGGGUUGAGUUUGGGGGGGGUUUAGUUGGGUUGCAGAGGGUUUAGGUUGGGUUGGAGGGGGUUGGGUUGAGUUUGAGGGGGGUUUAGUUGGGUUGCAGAGAGUUUAGUUUGGGUUGGGGGGGGGGGGGGGGGGUUGGGUCAAAGUGGUUAGGUUUUUACCUGCUGUGCUGUUCCUUUGGUGUGACUCACAGUGCUGUAGGUAAUGUCCUGCUCAGAUUCAGUAGGCUGCUGAAAGAAUGAAAGACAAACCUUGUAAACAUCAAACGUUUUUUUACCAUAGAAGGAUGUUGUACCUCUCAUGCAUACUGACACAUGAAUUUGCACUUGCAAUGUAUUUCUAAUGAAUGCACAAAAUGUGAGCUGCCCAGUGACGCGAGCCUACCAGACGAGCUAAAUGCCUUUUAUGCUCGCUUCGAGGCAAGCAACACUGAAGCAUACAAGAGCACCAGCUAUUCCGGACGACUGUGUGAUCACGCUCUCCGCAGCCGAUGUGAGCAAGACCUUUAAACAGGUCAACAUUCACAAGGCCGCGGGGCCAGACGGAUUACCAGGACUUGUACUCAGAGCAUGCACGGACCAACUGGCAAAUGUCUUCACUGACAUUUUCAACCUCUCCCUGACUGCGUCUGUAAUACCUACAUGUUUCAAGCAGACAACCAUAGUCCCUGUGCCCAAGAAAGCGAAGGUAACCUGCCUAAAUGACUACCGCCCCGUAACACUCACGUCGGUAGCCAUGAAGUGCUUUGAAAGGCUGGUCAUGGCUCACAUCAACACCAUCAUCCCGGAAACCCUAGACCCACUCGAAUUCGCAUACCGCCCCAACAGAUCCACAGAUGGCGCAAUCUCAAUUGCACUCCACACUGUCCUUUCCCACCUGGACAAAAGGAACACAUGUGAGAAUGCUGUUCAUUGACUACAGCUCAGUGUUCAACACCAUAGUGCCCACUAAGCUCAUCGCUAAGCUUAGGACCCUGGGACUAAACACCUCUCUCUGCAACUGGAUCCUGGACUUCCUGACGGGCCGCCCCCCAGGUGGUAAGGGUAGGCAGCAACACAUCUGCCACACUGAUCAUCAACACUGGUGCCCCUCAAGGGUGCGUGCUUAGUCCCCUCCUGUACUCCCUGUUCACCCACGACUGUGUGGCCAAGCACGACUCCAACACCAUCAUUAAGUUUGCUGACGACACAACAAUGGUAGGCCUGAUCACCGACAACGAUGAGACAACCUAUAGGGAGGAGGUCAGAGACCUGGCGGUGUGGUGCCAGGACAACAACCUCUCCCUCAAUGUGAGAAAGACAAAGGAGAUGAUCGUGGACUACAGGAAAAGGAGGGCCGAAUAGGCCCCUAUUAACAUUGACGGGGCUGUAGUGGAGAGGGUCAAGAGUUUCAAGUUCCUUGGUAUCCACAUCACCAACAAACCAUCAUGGUCCAAACACACCAAGACAGCCGUGAAGAGGGCACAACAACACAUUUUCCACCUCAGGAGACUGAAAAGAUUUGGCAUGGGUCCCCAGAUCCUCAAAAUGUUAUACAGCUGCACCAUCGAGAGCAUCCUGACCCGUUGCAUCACCGCCUGGUAUGGCAACUGCUCGGCAUCUGACCGUAAGGCGCUACAGAGGGUAGUGCGUGCGGCCCAGUACAUCGCUGGGGCCAAGCUUCCUGCCAUCCAGGACCUAUGUACUAGGCGGUGUCAGAGGAAGGCCCAAAAAAUUGUCAAAGACUCCAGUCACCCAAGUCAUAGACUGUUCUCUCUGCUACCGCAAAGCAAGCAGUACCGGAGCGCCAAGUCUAGGUCCAAAAGGCUCCUUAACAGCUUCUACCCCCAAGCCAUAAGACUGCUGAACAAUUAAUAAAAUGGCCACCUGGACUAUUUACAUUGACCCCCCCCCCCCUGCUAUUCUGUGUUUAUUAUCUAUGCAUAGUCACUUUACCCCUACCUACAUGUACAAAUUACCUCGACUAACCUGUAUCUCCUCACAUUGACUCGGUACCGGUAUCCCCUCUAUAUAGCCUCGUUAUUGUUAUUUUAUUGUUACUUUUUAUUUUAUUUUUUACUCUAGUUUAUUUAGUAAAUAUUUUCUUAACUCUAUUUCUUGAACUGCAUUGUUGGUUAAGGGAUUGUAAGUAAGCAUUUCACGGUAAGGUCUACACCUGUUGUAUUCGGUGCAUGUGACAAAUACAAUUUGAUUUCAUUUUAUUUGUUAUCUUUCAAUUGUCCAAAUCAAAUCAAAUUUAUUGGUCACAUACACAUGGUUAGCAGAUGUUAUUGUGAGUGUAGCGAAAUGCUUGUGCUUCUAGUUCCGACAGUGCAGCAAUAUCUAGCAAGUAAUAUCUAACAGUUCAACAACAAAAAUCUAAUACACACAAAUCUAAGUAAAGGAAUAGAAUAAGAAUACAUAAAUAUAUGGAUGAGCAAUGUCAUUAUCAGAGUGGCAUAGGCUAAGAUGCGAUAGAUAGUAUAGAAUACAGUAUAUACAUAUGAGAUGGGUAAUGCAAGAUAUGUAAACAUUAUUAAAGUGGCAUUAUUAAAGUGACUAGUGUUCCAUUUAUUAAAGUGGCCAGUGAUUUUCAAGUCUGAAUGUAGGCAGCAGCCUCUCUGUGCUAGUGAAUGCUGUUUAACAGUCUGAUGGCCUUGAGAUAGAAGCUGUUUUUCAGUCUCUUGGUCCCAGCUUUGAUGCACCUGUACUGACCUCGCCUUCUGGAUGAUAGUGGGGUGAACAGGCAGUGGCUCAGGUGAUAGUUGUCCUUAAUUAUCUUUUUGACAUCGGGGGCUGUAGGUGUCCUGGAGGGCAGGUAGUUUGCCCCCGGUGAUGCAUUGUGCAGACCGCACCACCCUCUGGGCGGUGCAGCCCUGCGGUUGUGGGCGGUGCAGUUGCCGUACCAGGCGGUGAUACAGCCCGACAGGAUGCUCUCAAUUGUGCAUCUGUAAAUGUUUUUGAGGGUUUUAGGUGACAGGCCACAUUUCUUCAGCCUCCUGAGGCUGAAGAGACGCUGUUGAGCCUUCUUCACCACACUGUCUGUGUGGGUGGACCAUUUCAGUUUGUCAGUGAUAUGUACGCAGAGGAACUUAAAACUUUCCACCUUCUCCACUGCUGUCCCGUCGAUGUGGAUAGGGGGGUAGUCCCUCUGCUGUUUCCUGAAGUCCACGAUCAUCUCCUUAGUUUUUUUGACGUUGAGUGAGAGGUUAUUUUCCUGACACCACACUCCGAGAGCCCUCACCUCCUCCCUGUAGGCUGUCUCAUCGUUGUUGGUAAUCAAGCCUACUACUGUUGUGUCGUCUGCAAACUUGAUGAUUGAGUUGGAGGUGUGCAUGGCUACGCAGUCAUGGGUGAACAGGGAGUACUGGAGGGGGCUGAGCACACGCCCUUGUGGGGCCCCAGCGUUGAGGAUCAGCGAAGUGGAGAUGUUGUUUCCUACCUUCACUACCUGGGGGCGGCACGUCAGGAAGUCCAUGAUCCAAUUGCACAAGGCGGGGUUGAGACCCAGGGCCUCAAGCUUGAUGAUGAGCUUGGAGGGUACUAUGGUGUUGAAUGCUGAGCUAUAGUCAAUGAACAGCAUUCUUACAUACAGUGAGGGAAAAAAGUAUUUGAUCCCCUGCUGAUUUUGUACGUUUGCCCACUGACAAAGACAUGAUCAGUCUAUAAUUUUAAUGGUAGGUUUAUUUGAACAUUGAGAGACAAAAUAACAACAAAAAAAUCCAGAAAAACGUAUGUCAAAAAUGUUAUAAAUUGAUUUGCAUUUUAAUGAGGGAAAUAAGUAUUUGACCCAUCUGCAAAACAUGACUUAGUACUUGGUGGCAAAACCCUUGUUGGGAAUCACAGAGGUCAGACGUUUCUUGUAGUUGGCCACCAGGUUUGCACACAUCUCAGGAGGGAUUUUGUCCCACUCCUCUUUGCAGAUCUUCUCCAAGGCAUUAAGGUUUCGAGGCUGACGUUUGGCAACUCGAACCUUCAGCUCCUUCCACAGAUUUUCUAUGGGAUUAAGGUCUGGAGACUGGCUAGGCCACUCCAGGACCUUAAUGUGCUUCUUCUUGAGCCACUCCUUUGUUGCCUUGGCCGUGUGUUUUGGGUCAUUGUCAUGCUGGAAUACCCAUCCACGACCCAUUUUCAAUGCCCUGGCUGAGGGAAGGAGGUUCUCACCCAAGAUUUGACGGUACAUGGCCCCGUCCAUCGUCCCUUUGAUGUGGUGAAGUUGUCCUGUCCCCUUAGCAGAAAAACACCCCCAAAGCAUAAUGUUUCCACCUCCAUGUUUGACGGUGGGGAUGGUGUUCUUGGAGUCAUAGGCAGCAUUCCUCCUCCUCCAAACACGGCGAGUUGAGUUGAUGCCAAAGAGCUCGAUUUUGGUCUCAUCUGACCACAACACUUUCACCCAGUUCUCCUCUGAAUCAUUCAGAUGUUCAUUGGCAAACUUCAGACGGGCCUGUAUAUGUGCUCUCUUGAGCAGGGGGUCCUUGCGGGCGCUGCAGGAUUUCAGUCCUUCACGGCGUAGUGUGUUACCAAUUGUUUUCUUAGUGACUAUGGUCCCAGCUGCCUUGAGAUAAUUGACAAGAUCCUCCUGUGUAGUUCUGGGCUGAUUCCUCACCGUUCUCAUGAUCAUUGCAACUCCACGAGGUGAGAACUUGCAUGGAGCCCCAGGCCGAGGGAGAUUGACAGUUAUUUUGUGUUUCUUCCAUUUGCGAAUAAUCGCACCAUCUGAUGUCACCUUCUCACCAAGCUGCUUGGCGAUGGUCUUGUAGCCCAUUUCAGCCUUGUGUAGGUCUACAAUCUUGUCCCUGACAUCCUUGGAGAGCUCUUUGGUCUUGGCCAUGGUGGAAAGUUUGGAAUCUGAUUGAUUGCUUCUGUGGACAGGUGUCUUUUAUACAGGUAACAAACUGAGAUUAGGAGCACUCCCUUUAAGAGUGUGCUCCUAAUCUCAGCUCGUUACCUGUAUAAAAGACACCUGGGAGCCAGAAAUCUUUCUGAUUGAGAGGGGGUCAAAUACUUAUUUCCCUCAUUAAAAUGCAAAUCAAUUUAUAACAUUUUUAACAUGCGUUUUUCUGGAUUAUUUGGUUGUUAUUCUGUCUCUCACUGUUCAAAUAAACCUACUAUUAAAAUUAUAGACUGAUCAUUUCUUUGUCAGUGGGCAAACGUACAAAAUCAGCAGGGGAUCAAAUACUUUUUUCCCUCACUGUAGGUAUUCCUCUUGUCCAGAUGGGAUAGGGCAGUGUGCAGUGUGAUGGCAAUUGCAUCGUCUGUGGACCUAUUGGGGCGGUAUGCAAAUUGAAGUGGGUCUAUGGUGACAGGUAAGGUGGAGGUGAUAUGAUCCUUGACUAGUCUCUCAAAGCAUUUCAUGAUGACAGAAGUGAGUGCUACGGGGCGAUAGUCAUUUAGUUCAAUGACCUUUGCAUUCAGGACUUGUGGUGAGUGAUUUGAGGAAGUAAAAUAUGCAUAGUCAGUGCAUGACUAAAUUAAGAAACCCAGUUCUCUUUAAACUGUUUAACUUAAUAUUCUUGAGUCCAGUAAACAUAAGAGAUCGGAUUGAUUUAGUGUUAGUUAUGACUAACUAUUAAUCAAAGAGAACCCUAGAAUAUCAAGAAGAGAAAGGAACAGAUGAGUGAGAAGAUAACAUGAUCAUAGCUUACUACUGAGGUGUUUGGUGGUUGGCCCUUUGCCUUCUUGUCCUCUGGAAUAAAGAAAAUAGGAUGUUGGUACUAAUGAUCUUUGAUGUCAAACCUUUCAUUUGUAGUAGCAACUGUCCUGUAUUUAUUAUAUUCUGCAAGUGACAUUAGUCAUUGUUUUAUUUGAUCAAUUUAUCAAAUACUUACUAUGUUUUAUCAACAUCUUCCAUGUGACCAAGGUACCAGCUAUCACCACCCCCAACAGGCUCAGGGGAAUGAGCAGGACUACCAGCAAACUGGAAUAUAUAGACAAUCACAGUCAUUGAUCUACGUGUCAUAGGCAUCAUUUUUGUUUGCAUGGUUGUGAGAGUGGAAAUACAGUGGGGGAAAAAAGUAUUUAGUCAGCCACCAAUUGUGCAUGUUCUCCCACUUAAAAAGAUGAGAGAGGCCUGUAAUUUUCAUCAUAGGUACACGUCAACUAUGGCAGACAAGUUCAGAAAAGAAAAUCCAUAAAAUCACAUUGUAGGAUUUUUUAUGAAUUUAUUUGCAAAUUAUGGUGGAAAAUAAGUAUUUGGUCACCUACAAACAAGCAAGAUUUCUGUCUCUCACAGACCUGUAACUUCUUCUUUAAGAGGCUCCUGUCCUCCACUCGUUACCUGUAUUAAUGGCACCUGUUUGAACUUGUUAUCAGUAUAAAAGACACCUGUCCACAACCUCAAACAGUCACACUCCAAACUCCACUAUGGCCAAGACCAAAGAGCUGUCAAAGGACACCAGAAACAAAAUUGUAGACCUGCACCAGGCUGGGAAGACUGAAUCUGCAAUAGGUAAGCAGCUUGGUUUGAAGAAAUCAACUGUGGGAGCAAUUAUUAGGAAAUGGAAGACAUACAAGACCACUGAUAAUCUCCCUCGAUCUGGGGCUCCACGCAAGAUCUCACCCCGUGGGGUCAAAAUGAUCACAAGAACGGUGAGCAAAAAUCCCAGAACCCCACAGGGGGACCUAGUGAAUGACAUGCAGAGAGCUGGGACCAAAGUAACAAAGCCUACCAUCAGUAACACACUACGCCGCCAGGGACUCAAAUCCUGCAGUGCCAGACGUGUCCCCCUGCUUAAGCCAGUACAUGUCCAGGCCCGUCUGAAGUUUGCUAGAGUGCAUUUGGAUGAUCCAGAAGAGGAUUGGGAGAAUGUCAUAUGGUCAGAUGAAACCAAAAUAGAACUUUUUGGUAAAAACUCAACUCGUCGUGUUUGUAGGACAAAGAAUGCUGAGUUGCAUCCAAAGAACACCAUACCUACUGUGAGGCAUGGGGGUGGAAACAUCAUGCUUUGGGGCUGUUUUUCUGCAAAGGGACCAGGACGACUGAUCUGUGUAAAGGAAAGAAUGAAUGGGGCCAUGUAUCGUGAGAUUGUGAAUGAAAACCUUCUUCCAUCAGCAAGGGCAUUGAAGAUGAAACGUGGCUGGGUCUUUCAGCAUGACAAUGAUCCCAAACACACCGCCCGGGCAACGAAGGAGUGGCUUCGUCAGAAGCAUUUCAAGGUCCUGGAGUGGCCUAGCCAGUCUCCAGAUCUCAACCCCAUAGAAAAUCUUUGGAGGGAGUUGAAAGUCUGUGUUGCCCAGCGACAGCCCCAAAACAUCACUGCUCUAGAGGAGAUCUGCAUGGAGGAAUGGGCCAAAAUACCAGCAACAGUGAGUGAAAACCUUGUGAAGACUUACAGAAAACGUUUGACCUGUGUCGUUGCCAACAAAGGGUAUAUAACAAAGUAUUGAGAAACUUUUGUUAUUGACCAAAUACUUAUUUUCCACCAUCAUUUGCAAAUAAAUUCAUUAAAAAUCCUACAAUGUGAUUUUCUGGAUUUAUUUUUUCUCAUUUUGUCUGUCAUAGUUGACGUGUACCUAUGAUGAAAAUUACAGGCCUCUCUCAUCUUUUUAAGUGGGAGAACUUGCACAAUUGGUGGCUGACUAAAUACUUUUUUACCCCACUGUACUUGAUGGCCUAUCAUAUUAUCACGGCAGUUAGCCUAGCGGUCCAUUAACGUUAGGAAGUAAGGAAACAGGAACUUUACCAAAAGAGGGAGGAGAAGAGAAUGCCACAAAUGCUUAUUUAUGUCACAGUACACGCCCAAAGAUAUCUAACCAUGGGGAAGUGGUAUAUGUUUAAGCAAGAACAUUUAAGGAAGGUGUUUCGUUUUGUACACAUUCUUAUGAAAAUUAAAUCGACACCGUUGCCCCCACACCCUUACAGUAUUACCAACUGUUUGAAUGACUAUUACAUUUUAGUCAUUUAGCAGACGCUCUUAUCCAGAGCGACUUACAGGAGCAAUUAGGGUUAAGUGCCUUGCUCAAGGGCACAUCGACAGAUUUUUCACCUAGUCAGCUAGGGGAUUCGAACAGCGUCCUUCCGUUCGUUACUGUCCCAACGCUCUUAACCAUUAGGCUACCUGUUCCCUCUAAGCUGCGCGCAGCUCCCCCACAGAAGAAAUAUCAGCCUGCACAGAGAAGCAUGAGAUUGAACUUCACUCAACUUUCUCAAGUUUUCCCUGUUAGUUAACACUAUAAACAUUUCCCUUUACUGUGGGAAUUGUGAUCGAAUCAAUGCAAUAUUAGCCACUUUCAAUGCAAUAUACCAAAGCAAACCGAACUAUGCAAUACUUAGUAUGCAAAACUAACUAGGCAAGAGAUUUUGUUCUAGGCAGAAUGCACCGGAGUAGGAUUCUAUUGCCUUGACAGGUACAACUCAGGCCAAUACUCUACAGACCAGUGCACCAUAAACAAUCAGAUCUGCAGUAGACCUACAGUGCUUUGAAAAAGUAUUUGCCCCCUUUCUAAUUUUCUCUACUUUUGCAUAUUUGUGAUACUGAAUGUUAUCAGAUCUUCAACCAAAACGAUGAUGUUCUUACUGUGGAAUGCAGUGUUUGGUUUUUGCCAGGCAUAAUGGGACCCAUCUCGUCCAAAAAGUUGACUCAAGUUUGUCAAAAAGCACCUGGAUGGUCAUCAAGACUCUUGGAAGAACGUUCUAUGGACAGAUGAUUCAAAAGUAUAACUUUUUGGACGACAUGGUUCCAGUAAUACCUGGCGAAAACCAAACUCUGCAUUCCACAGUAAGAACAUCAUACCAAAGGUCAAGCAUGGUGGUGGGGGUGUGAUGGUUUGGGGAUGCUUUGGUGCCUCAGGACCUGGACGACUUGCCUUAAUAGAAGGAACCAUGAAUUCUGCUCUGUAUCAGAGAAUUCUACAGGAGAAUGUCAGACCAUCCGUCUGUGAGCUGAAGCUGAAGCGCAGCUGGGUCAUGCAGCAAGACAAUGAUCCAAAACACACAAUCAAGUCUACAUGAAAAUUGAUGAAAAAGCAACAAAUUGGAAGUUUUGGAAUGGCCUAGUAAAAAUCCAGACCUAAUCCCAAUUGAGAUGUUGUGGCAGGACUUGAAACGAGCAGUUCCUGCUUGAAAACCCACACGUCACUGAGUUAAAGCAGUUCUGCAUGGAAGAGUGGGCCAAAAUUCCUCCACAGCGACGUGAGAGACUGAUCAACAACUACAGGAAGCAUUUGGUUGGAGUCAUUGCAGCUAAAGGUGGCACAACCAGUUAUUGAGUGUAAGGUGGCAAUUACUUUUUCCACACAGGGGAAUUGGGUGUUGCAUAACUUUGUUUAUGAAAUAAAUAUGUAAUUGUUGUGUUAUUUGUCCACUUAUGUUUCCUUUAUCUAAUAUUAGGUUUUGGUUGAAGAUCUGAUAACAUUCAGUAUCACAAAUAUGCAAAAGUAGAGAAAAUUAGAAAGAGGGCAAAUACUUUUUCACAGCACUGUAUAUGCAAAUAGACCAUUGCCAUAUAUGGAUUUGUGCCAUUCACUUUGAACUGGACUGUUUUACAGCAUGAGCGAUUAUUAUGUGCUUGUUUUGAGAUCAAAGCAAGAGCUGCAUGUAGCCAUGUGUUCACAUUGGUUCAUAUUAUUAUCUAGUUAGUGAGUUAUUAGCCCAGUUAUAACUAAUUUGUAUUCAGCAAUGUGGGAGUGACUGCUUCCUACAAGAGCACUAAACGUGUACAUUUCUAGCCAUCUUUGAAAAACAAGUCAGGUAAAGAGCUUUUUUUAUGACUUAAAGGGGCAGUGUUAUAUUUUGAGACAGACUUGAAUAAGCUCAGUAGUCAAUAGGCAGAGGGUAGCAUAAUUUGGCUGAUUCUCUGUAAUAAUGGUACAGGAAUAAUAAUGAAUUGUAUUUUGUAUGUUCAGUCACCUCCUUGUCUGAAGGACAAGUGGAUAAUUAAUGUCAAACCCUGUAUGUUUUUUUUUCAAAAGUCUCAUGGAAUGUAGGCCUACAUUGAACACUGCUACUACUGUAGGCUGAAGGAUAGAACCGCUAUUUCCAUGUUAAAAUGUUAUCUGAUAUAUCGUUUUUUAUGCUAGGCCACUCUGGUAGGCCUACAUUAUGGUCAAAUGGCCACAGUAGCCUACUUGGCCACUGUUAAAACAGUAAAUUAAAGCAGGUACAGCCUCAGUGUUCACAGUAAACGCACGCUGGAAAUUGCACAGAAUUUUCACAAAGUUUGCGCUCAGCAGACCUGAAAUUUGAUCAUAGCCUAAAACAAUUAGAGGGAACUAUCACGGCUCAGGCUAAGACCCAGAUGCAGACACAGGAGGCGGAGAGUACGUGUCCCAGAGUUUAUUAUAGUACAAGGGGCAGGCAAUCGGUAGGUCAAGGCAGGCAACGAGUCGUAAUCCAAAUAAGAGUCAGGCAGUUAGAGGACGGCAGGCAGGAUCAGGGUCAGGACAGGCAGAAAGGUCAGAACUGGGAAGACUAGAAAAAGCAAAAACUAGCGCACAGGAAACACGGGAACAAGCUGGUAGGACCUGACGGGACAAGACGAACUGGCAACAGACAAACAGAAAACGCAGGUAUAAAUACACUUGAGGUAAUGGGAGACACCUGGUGGGGGUUGAAGACAAUCACAAGACAGGUGAAACAGAUCAGGGUGUGACAGGAACAUUGCCUGCUGCCCCUGUUAAAGUGAGGGAUAUGCAGUAGACUGAAUACAAACCUCUGGAUCCUUUCCUGUCGCUUCUCAUCAGUUACCCCAUUGUUCUGGUCUGUAAAAGAAGGGGUGACUGUGGGCUGAGAAAUGUUACUCAGCACUUGUUAGUGAAGUUUAGUGAUUGGUUGGAGCUUUUGUCGCUGUGAGAAGCUCCAAUAUGUCGCUCCAUUAAACUGACUUGUGUAUAAUUUAGAUUUAUAUGAUUAAAACCAGGUAACUGGGAUGUUGAUUAACUAAGCUCUAUAAUACUUUCUUAGCUUGUGUUUGACACAUGCGUUAAAAUCAAAUUCUUAUCAUUUUCAGUAUUCAUUUCAAAUCUAGGUGGUAGAUAUGAUAAAACAGUUGUAUAAAGAAUGUUCCGGUUCUCAAUGAUCUUUAACAUGACUGACAGGAUCAUCUCAAGAGAAUGUGUGGUCAAAAGAUUUCCACUUUGUUUCAGAAGACCUUUCAAUGUUCCUUAAUCUCUAACAACACUGGAUAAAUAAAAAGGGAAUCAUACUUGGUUAUAUGGGAUUGCUCUGUACUUACUUGUGGUGGUGUUAAUCUGUGUUGUGGUUGGUUGAUUGACAGUGAUAUGAACAGGCAUCUGUAGGUCUCCAACUGCACACCAGUACCAGCCAGUGUUCUUCAUUUUUAGUUGACUCAUUGUUAUGAUCAUGACUUUUUUUCCAUUGGCAGGAAUCCGCUUUAAUUCUACUGAUGCUCCAUCUAAAUUCCCAACUCUGCUCUCCACACAGGAGCCACCCAGCCUGCACCAGCAGAAACCUCCAGAGUUACUAUAG